UUUAACGGCUGGGAGACAGUCUGUGAGAAGCAGCGGUUCCUGAAGCCAGGACAGACACCACGGCGCAGUCAAGGAUACACCAUGUACCACGGCACUCACCGCAACAACGCCAACGCCAUCAUCACAGGGGGGUUCCAAUGCUCCCGGGGUGGUUUGCUCGGCCCGGGGGUCUACUGCAGCCGAGACAUCACCAAAGCACAACAAUACCCUAGGUUGUGUUCAUCUCAGGAUCGGAUAGUGUUUCAACUCAAGGUCCGGGUAGGGAAAGUGAAGAAGAUGGAUCAUCAGAACAGUGUGAUGUGGUCAAAGUGGCAGCAAAGUUAUGAUACGGCAUGGUUACCUCCCCAAGUCACCGGACUCGAGGAGGAUUGUGUGGCAGACCCCAGGAGGGUGACAGUGAUGGGCGUUGUGUACAGCAGUGACGCAGCCACCAAACAGGCCCUUGAGCAGCUGAUUGAGCAGCAGAAAAAGCAUGGUAGGGGGCAUGAGCAAGGAGGCUCAGGUGAUGGGGAUAGGUGUAAAAUGUGUGGAAUUUGGGCGCAGGACAGCCACACCCUGGAGGUGUGCUGGGUAUGUGGCAUACAGAUCUGCCCUUUUAUGAUAAAACAUGUUUGUCGAAGCAGCAGUUGAUUACAGUAGACAUGAACUAAAGGGUAAAUGAAUGAAUAAUGCUGGGGAUUGACUUGACAAUUGUAUAAAAAAAUAUAGCUGCAAGCAGCAAUGAGGUGGCCAAGCAGUCAAAUGACCCAGAAAACAUUUUAGACAUCCUCAGAAGAGGAUAAUGAGUACAUGCAGCAAGUUUGGUGUGAAUCCAUCAAAGAUUUGCUGAGAUACGACCCAACUUCCUGUUUGCUGGCUUAACAGCACAUUUUGAUUGGCCGUACCGGGCAAACGGUUUUGAAAAUCCAAAAACAUAUGAUGGCAUUUGUGAGGCUUGGUCUGAAGAUGAUCUCUGCCAAAUUUGGUGAAGAUUGGAAAACAUUUGUAGGAGGAGUAAAGAAAAAACGUUUUUUCAGUAAUUCAAAAUGGCGGCCGCAUCAAUUCGGCUGUUAUCACAAGUUAUCAUGUGUCACGCACGGGAUGUCCCAAGAUAUCAUGAGACAAAGGAA